AUGUCAAGUAAUAAUAUUCAAAAAAGAGAAUUUGUCCCAUUGGAAGAAUAUACUGGAAGAAUAAUUUAUAAGUCAUUUAAAAAGAAUUAUCAUAAACGUGAUGGGACUAAAGGAACAAUUGUUAUAUUUGUUCUUCAAGAUAAAAGUGGGGAUGAAGUGAAAUUAGUAAUUUUUGAUAAACAAGUAGAUGAUUGUUAUGAUAAAAUGAAAGAAAAUGAGACAUGGACAUUUAAAAAUUUACAAAUAAGAGAAUUAAAUCCAUACCAAGACAAAGAGUCAUCAGAAAUGAUGAAAAGUGAAAUAAAGUUUUAUCAUGAAUCUACUUACAGUCCUUCGAAAGAAGAAAUUCCUUUGAUUAUCCUCUACAUCAAUAAAAUAUUUCCUUUUACUUUUUGUGAAAAUUUAUUAAAUGAUGCAAAUUUUAUUUGUUUCUGUUUAGAAAUAGAAAACGAAAGGAUUUCCUCUAGUAUUAGAGGAAAGUUUCAAGAAAUUGAAAUGAGAGUUGUUGAUGUUUCUAGACGUUCUAUUAUUGUAAGGUGUUUUUCUUGCAAAUGGAAUCAAUGGAUUAAAGAAAAUAUUAAAGUAGAUACAGUCUUCUUACUUGGAAGGUGUCACAUCAAUCACCAACCAGAAGGACGUUAUUGUAUCAUUCGAGAAGGUAGUUAUUUAAAAGUUAUAAAUUCUUAUAAGGAUAUUCCUCAACACCUUGCAUGCCAAGAUACAGAGUAUGAUGAUAUGCCACCAAAUAUGUCUUAUGGAUUUUCUCAAGAUGAAUAUAAUUUACUAAUUGAGAUGAGAAAAAAUGCAGCACACACUAAUUUUAUUUCUGUCUCUCCUCCUCAUUGUAGAAAAAUACAUUCUCAAACAGCUACUAUUUUUUCUUUGAAUGAUUACAUUAAUGAUGUUCAAAUAAAUAAUUCAAAAAUAGACAGGACUUAUUGUGUUUUUGCUUAUUUACAACGAAUCCAAAUAUUAAAUUGUUUUUAUACAGGUUGUGCUACGUGUAAGAAAAAAAUAGAACAAGACAAUUGUAAAUGUCCUAAAUGCAAGGAUACAAAAAGAAAAGUUUGUUAUAAAACUAAUGCCCUUUUAUAUGAAACUCAAGAAGAUGCUGAGUCUAAUAGAGAUAGUCAUUGGGCAUAUAUAUCAGAAUCUUGUGCUGAAAAAUUUAUAGGUAAGACUGCACAAGAAUUUCAAGAAAUGGAUGAACAACAAAGAAGUGUUGUUGUCGCACCAUUAUCUUCAAAGAAAUACCAACUCGUUGUAAAAGGAAAAAUCAGUGAUAAUCCAAAAUAUUUAGGAAAAGUUUGGACAACAAUUUGUGAGUUAACUCCUGUUGAAGAACAAUAA